AAGAGAUGAAAUUAGGGUUUUUGGCGCAGCCGUAUCUCUCUCGAUAGUUUUUCUUCCUCUGGAGCUGCUCUGAGCUUCCCAACUGGUCUAACCAUGGCUGUCGGAAAGAACAAGAGGAUUUCGAAAGGAAAGAAGGGAGGCAAGAAGAAGACUGUCGACCCAUUUGCCAAGAAGGAUUGGUACGAUAUCAAGGCACCUUCUGUGUUCAAUGUCAAGAACGUUGGGAAGACACUCGUUACUCGCACUCAGGGUACCAAGAUUGCCUCUGAGGGACUUAAACACCGUGUGUUUGAGGUAUCCUUGGCUGACCUUCAGGAUGACGAGGAGCACGCCUACCGAAAGAUUAGAUUGAGAGCCGAAGAUGUUCAAGGAAGGAACGUUCUGACUAAUUUCUGGGGAAUGAAUUUUACUACUGAUAAAUUGAGGUCAUUGGUGAGGAAGUGGCAUACGUUGAUUGAAGCUCAUGUGGAUGUUAAGACCACAGACAGCUAUACUCUGAGGAUGUUCUGCAUUGGAUUUACCAAGAGACGCCCAAACCAGGUCAAAAGGACCUGUUAUGCACAAUCCAGUCAGAUUAGACAGAUUCGCCGAAAGAUGAGGGAGAUCAUGGUAAACCAGGCAACGUCCUGUGAUCUGAAAGAGUUGGUUCGUAAGUUUAUUCCUGAAUCAAUUGGAAAAGGAAUCGAGAAGGCAACAUCUAGCAUAUACCCUCUACAAAAUGUUUUCAUUCGGAAGGUCAAGAUCUUGAAAGCUCCCAAGUUUGAUCUUGGAAAGUUGAUGGAGGUUCAUGGCGAUUAUUCAGAAGAUGUUGGCGUGAAGGUAGAUAGGCCUGCCGAUGAAGUUGUCGAGGAGGCCACCGAAGUUGUUGGGGCUUGAAAAUGGAUUCUUGAAUCAACUUUCUCAUAUUUACGAAUGAACUGUGACUUUUUGUUUUAGUUAUAGUUGUAUUAUGCUUUCUGCUAAGUUGAGAAAUCAGAGAUAAUCAGCGAUUUUGACUAUGAAAAAUACUUGCUGCUUUUAAGUUAAGUAUUAUUCCUUGGAACCAUUUGAAUAUGUUCGAAUAGCUUGCAUUUGAUCGAGUUGCCA